AUGCCAGCCCCAACCCCCGCCGCCAUCGCCGAGCGCCGCGCGCGCUUCCGCCAGCUGCACGAGACGGGGUGCUUCCUGCUUCCUAACGCAUGGGACGCGGGCAGCGCUAGAUACCUCGAGUCGGCGGGCUUUGACGCCAUCGCCUCGACGUCCUCGGGGUUCGCAUGGACGCAGGCGACGGAGGACAGCGCGCUCAGCCUUGACGACACGCUGCGCCACCUGCGCGAGCUGGUCAACGCCACGACGCUGCCCGUCAACGCGGACUUUGUCGACGGCUUCGGCGACACCGCCGCCGAGGUCGAGGCGAGCGUUGCGGCCGCCAUCGAGACGGGCGUCGCGGGCAUCUCGAUCGAGGACGCAUACUCGUCCCCCACGGACCGGGCGGCGCACGCCGAGCCGCUCCGCUCCAUCAAGGAAUCCGUCGAGCGCAUCGCCGCGGCACGCAAGGCCAUCGAUGCGUCAGGACACGACGUGAUCCUCGUCGGCCGGGCGGAGAACUUCAUCGUCAACCGCGCGGACAUCGACGACACGAUCGCGCGCCUCAAGGCGUACGCUGCGGCCGGGGCGGACUGCCUGUACGCUCCCGGCAUCACAAAGCCAGAGCACAUCACCGCCGUCGUUGCCGCCGUCGCGCCCAAGCCCGUCAACUUCCUCGCUGGCGCCAACUCGUCGGCACUGAGCGAGAUCGCGCGCCUCGGCGUGCGCCGCGUCAGUAUUGGCGGUGCUCUUGCGCGUGUUGCCUGGGGCGCGACUAUGCGCGCAACGGCCCUGCUCAAGGAGGGCAACUUUGCCGCGCUGGCCGACGCGGCUAAUGGCAACGAGCUGAACAAGCUCAUGCGGGGCUAG